AUGACGAUGACAUACCACAUGGAAGGAUCUGUCAAUGGGCAUUCCUUUACAAUCGAGGGUGAAGGCAGGGGGAAGCCGUACGAGUAAGUCGAUCAACACACCUCCCUUGAUAGUAAAAGGCAACUGAAGGUCUUCACUGUCAUAGGUUUAAGAGAAAUAAGAGUAGUCUUCAAUUUCGGGAUAUUUUUGUGAUGAAAAGUCAAAUUCUCAAAUCAUUUUAAAUUAGCUGUACUGAGUAUAAGGCGAGAGAUUCCGAAAACCCAAUCAUACCAAAAGAGAUAUUAUGGCCUUAGGUGCAACAGAAAGCUUUAUGAAUUGUGAAAGUGGUUUUACUAAUCAUCACAAGUAAAAACCAGAAAAAAAUGUAAGUUAUUCUACAUUAUUCAAAAUCAAUAACAACUUUUCUUUGAAUGGCAAAUUUGACACUGAUUAACCCAUUCGCUCCUGGAGAUUUUGCCGAAAAACGCGUUUUGAAGCUAGUCGAGUGGUUUUCUGGUCACUGUCGUGCUAUAAAGAGCUAAAACUCACCACAAACCGGUUUACAGGUCGUACACUUGGCGGCCUUCUGAUCCAGACGCAAAAUAUCAGCUUGCGAAGUUCGGGCAUGUGCAGAAAGCAAAAUUUCGAUUUUUGGGUUUAAAAGUGACAGCAGUCUUGACUUUUACUUUUCGCUUUCUCUCCUCCCUUCUUUUUUCGCUUUUCUUGCCUCAUUUUUUUUUUUCUCUUGCUGGGCAUUUAGAAGGCUUCAUUUUGGUGGGAAGAGUUUUUAGGAAAGCUUUUAGGAUCUUAGGAUUAGGUGAAAGGAAAGGUAGGUGGGUAAUGGAACAAGAUUUCCAUGAGGAUUUUCAGGUCCUUGUCACGUGGUUUUUUGCAUCUUUCUCCGGUGUCCUUGACUGAAUUGUGCUCAUUCUGGUAUGGUUUGAAAGAUCUCUUCACUCUGCACAAGUUAGCGAAGAAAGUUGUCCUUGACCGUUAAAACUGAUGACGUCACAAAGGGUAGAAAGGACCUGGAUCCGCACGGGCGGUUACGGGCGGUUCAGGGGCGAAUGGGUUAAUCAAAAAACCUAAAAAUGGCCUUUUACCAACUUUUUCACCUGAUUUUACGUGAAAUAGACAGAUUUGGUUGUUUUAUGCUGAAAAAUGGAUUUUUUUCAAAAAGCUUGGUACUCUGCUUAACGUCGAAACACGAUGUUAUUCGCAAUAGGCCACGACGAUCGCCAAUUUUUUGCUGGCCAGGAUCAAACGUCGUUUAUAUUAUCAUAUUUACGCAAACUAUCAUCUCAACAACUCUGCCACUAAAGUGACCUGACAUUAUAUUUCAAAAAUUACCUUUUUCAAUAAUGAUUAAUUAUUACCUUUCUCAAGAAGGAACAAAUAAAAACUAAUUAAAUAAAUGAACCUGUUGAACAGUAUUAAUGAUUCUUUAGGCUAGGUAAGCGGUAUAAAAAGUAUAUUGUGUCGUGAUAGGACUUGCCAUUAAUCUUGUCAGUUCUUGUCAAAGGGCGAGAUUAGCAUUGCAGAAUCGAAAUGAAAGUUUAUAUUUAAAUUAUAUAGCAGGCUGUCCUAAGCCCCUAUUGUUAUUUAGUUAAAUUAGACUGAUAAAUGGGCAGUGUUUAGCCUAGUUCUCAAAAGGCUCUUCUCCGCUUUUCUUAUUUAGUUUAAUCGAUUUGUAUUUCAUUCUUGUUGUGUUUUUUUUUGUAGGGGAAAACAGAUCUUGACACUGCGAGUAACCAAGGGUGCACCACUGCCAUUCUCUUUUGACAUAUUGUCGGCCGUGUUUUGCUAUGGUAACAGAGCCUUUACUGAUUAUCCUGCGUCCAUCGUUGACUAUUUCAAGCCAUCAUUUCCUGAAGGAUACUCUUGGGAAAGAACCCUUGAACUUGAAGAUGGCGGAUCUUGCAUAGCCAGUGUGGAUAUAAGGUAUAAAUUUACUAAUUUUACGAUCAAAGACUAUUAAAAUUUAGAAUUAAUUAAUUAAUUUUAAGAAAGAUAAUAAUAUUGAUAAUAAUAAAAAUAAUAAAAAAUCUAGAUUUUGUUAUUUUCUCAUAAGUACUUUUUACUUCGAUAGCCUUGACAGUAAUAAACGCAACUGCUUUAUCCACAAGUCCACUUUCAUUGGGAUGAACUUUCCUGCUGAUGGACCAGUGAUGCAAAAGAGGACAACUAAUUGGGAGCCUUCCGUCCAAAAAAUGACUGUUAGCGAGGGGAUAUUGAAGGGAGACAUUACCAUGUUCCUCUCGCUGAAAGAUGGGAAAAAUCACCGUUGCCAAUUCCAUACGUUAUACAAGUAUGUCUUUUAA